AUGUUGGCUGAGAGACAGUCAGGGACGCUCUCCAGUACCAUAAAGUCAAAACCGAGGGAGCAUGUCAAGGCUAUCACCUUGAGAUCAAGUAAGCAGUUAGCUAGUCCUUUAUCUAUGGCUUAUGAUGAUGUUAUUAUGCAGGAUAAGCCAGCCAGGAAGGAGCCAGAGCUUGAGUAUGCCCAGUUGGCAGAUAGGACUGUGAAAUAUCCUAGGGGAAUAGUUGAGGAUGUACUUGUUAAGGUAGACAAGUUUAUAUUUCAUGUUGACUUUGUUGUUAUGGAUAUGGAGGGUGAGACUAGCGUGCCUUUAAUUCUAGGUAGACCUUUUCUUGCAACAUCUAGGACUGUUAUAGAUGUGUGUGAUGGGAAGUUACAGCUUAGAGUAGGUGAUGAGACUAUUACCUUUGACUUUAGCACUUUUAUAAGACAUUCACUUGACCAUAAUGAUACUGCUGAUGAUGAGAAGGAGUUAUCCAACGAGGAUGUGUUGGAGCUUGCUUAUUUGCUGAAACUGAGACCUUCACUUGAGGAGCCACCAGCCUUGGAGUUGAAAGAGUUGCCUAAGCACUUGACUUAUGCCUAUUUGGAUGAGGCAAAGAAGCUGCUGGUGAUCAUUGCAGCUGAUUUGACUCAUGAGGAGAGAAAGAUGACUUUCGCUUCCCUAAGGAAGUAUCCCAAGGUCUUUUCAUACAAAAUUGCAGACAUUCCUCGAAUCAACCCCAUCUAUUGUUUGCAUAAGAUCCUGAUGGAGGAUAAUUGCAAGCUAGUGGUACAGCCACAGCGACGGUUGAACCCAAAUAUGAAAGAAGUAGUCAAGAAGGAGGUUAUGCCCAAAAAGAGAGAUAUGACGGUGGUAAAAAAUGAAAAGGAUGAGAUGAUACCGACUAGGACGGAGCUUAUGAGUUUUGGAGGAGGCGAUACCACAUCUGAUAGAGCUAGGGCUGAUGGAGAGGUUGGGACUUCCCCAAUUGAGUCUUCCUCCAGACCAUCUACUUUAGCUCCUUCUGGUUCUUCAUCAACUGUUUUAGGAGUCUCUCCAAUUGAGUUUAAGUCUUUGCGACUUCGGUCUGAGAGAUUUCUAUUGCACCUGAGGACUAAGAGAAAACCACUUUCACUUGCCCCUAUGAGGUGUAUGAUGGCAGUCUUCCAUGAUAUGAUUGAAGAAUCCAUGGAGGUUUUCAUGGAUGAAUUCUCAGUAUUUGGUAACUCUUCCUCCUAUUGUUUGCUUAACUUAGAGCGUAUGCUUGCAUGCUGUGUAGAAGCUAACCUUGUGUUGAAUUGGAAAAAGUGUCAUUUUAUGGUGAGAGAGAGUAUUGUGCUAGGGCAUAAGAUUUCACAUGCAGGGAUGGAGGUAGAUAGAGCUAAGGUAGAGACCAUUGCUAAGUUACCACCCCCUAGCUCGGUUAAGGCUGUUAGGAGUUUCCUUGGUCAUGCAGGUUUUUAUAGAAGGUUCAUUAAAGACUUUUCUAAGAUUGCUAGACCUUUGACUCAAUUGCUUGUAAAAGAUGUUCCAUUUAUAUUUUCUGAUGACUAUUUGCAGGCUUUUGAGUUACUUAAGGAGAAGCUAACUACAACCCCUAUUAUGCAAGAUAUUGAUAGAUGCCCAGGAGCAUUAUACCAUUACAAAGAAAGAGUUGCUUGUGGUGGUAUACGCUUUCGACAAGUUCCGCUCAUACUUGGUGCUAUCCAAGUCCGUAGUCUACACGGAUCAUUUAGCAUUGAGAAAUUCGACAUUGAGAUCAAGGAUAAGAAGGGUGCGGAGAACUUGGCUGUAGAUCACCUUUCGAGAUUGGAGAACCCGAGCCUAGAUGCACUUGAUGAGAGGGCUAUUGAUGACAGUUUUCCAAAUGAGUACUUAUGCUCUAUUCAGGAAGCUCAAGAGUCGUUGGUCAAGACUGUUCGUGAUCCAACAGGUGUUCCCAUAUGGCACGGUUGA